AUGAUCCUCGGCAGCUGUAGGACGCUGAUCGAAAGCGACGGUACAGAGAUCCAGACGUUUAAAUACAACAUGAGCCUUUAUGACGAAACCGAGAAGACCAGGUUCGUCGUGACCAUCACCAACCUCAGCAUGGAGGACUCGGGACUGUACGGCUGUGGGAUCAACACGUCCCACCUGAUCGCUCGGGUCAAUCUGAUGGUCAUCGCGGUUGCUUCUAAACAUCUGGAACGCAAUCGGACACGGGAGUCUCCAAACGCGACCGCAACUCCAGGUACGGAAGGAAGUUCUAUCGCAGCAGCAACUUACAGCACAGGAAGUCGACAAGACAAUACAGGAAGCCCCUCUCAUCACACCAGGUCUCGUCUACAGCUUGUCCAUUUGGCGUAUGUCGGAGGGGUGAUCGCCACCUUGGUCCUGACGUCAGGAAUCCUCGUCGCCUUCAAAUGCAGGACGACACCGGCCGGGACAGGUACACCACCGCCGGAUGCAGGAGAGGCUGCAGAGGACCCGCACUUCUACGAGCAGAUAAGCCUCAGUGAUCUUCCAAAAGCGAACAUCCCAGCCUCUGCUGCCGAACCCCCCAGGAUGGAAGACCCUUUACCACUGACAGAUCUAAUUACUUCGUCCGGUACAAGCCGAACCCCCGAGCACUCCGCCGAACCCAAUUAUAGCACGAUAAAUUUAGCUAAUAUAAAGCUGGUGUAAAACGGUCCACAGGAAAACCCUAGACAUGGCGGCAAUCGGUUGCAUGGCUUCCAGAAGCGAACAUUCAAUCAUGUCUGUGUUACACCAGCGGUGCUGGGCUAGCAUAGUAGCUUUGGUGCCAUCAAAGUGCCCAGGCCAAAAUAUAUAUUUUUGGAACAUUUUUAACACCUAGCAGGACAUUCCACUGGUGCACCAGCGCUGAGAUUCUGCACACCUCGGUGUGGCACACAGUCGGCAGUGCCUCAGAUUUUUUUUAUUUUUUUUAAUAAUCAGAUUUUGGAUUGUGGUAUAUGACUUUAUU